AUGUUCCGACUCGUUACCUGCUCUCUGCUUUUGAUCGCCGCCGUCUCGGCCAGAUCUCGGUUCGUCAGGCAGGCUAAUCAGGUGAGUAUUGUAUUGUCACUUUUUAUGAAACACCGAUCCUGAUCUGAUCUUGUCGCGAACAUUGUUUGUGUAACUGAUAGCACAAAGACUGAUAGGGAGGGGGGCACUGUUCCAAUGAACUGCUCAUUUUGUUUGCUCGUCCAAAGUGCCAAAAGCGACGAUGUUUGCCUCCGAUUCGGUUCGCUUUUCAAAAAUUGAGUGCUCCCCUCUUUUGUUCUCGCUUAUAACUACAAGUAGGUCACAAGUCUAUUUCCAGACGUCCUCGUACACAACCGAAAGCUCGGGCCUUCAGUUCAUCGACUUCAACGAGGGCUCCGCGUCGAAUCCGAUCCUUGCCAGGGAUCAGGAAGGAUCCGGACUCGUGUACGACGAGGAGGGCUCCGGAAGCAACUUGCUCUUCGACUCGGAAACCAACUCGACCACGCUCGGCACGGUCCUCCAGCAGACGAUCAACGUGACCGGUUAGUCGGCUGAUAGUAGGGUGGAGAACGCCUGUCAAAUGCCGAUUUGCAGAUAGUGACGUGGACACGCUGGUGAUCAAAGUGCACUUGCCGCAAAGAAGCACGAGCCAGCUGCUCGACGAGCUCAAAGACGACUCCGCUCAACAGGUUUCGUUCGAGCCAACUUCCAUUCCCCUCCCAAUCUGUCCUCCGUUUCAGUCGAAUCCGAUCAACUCGCUCAACACGGCCGUCUCGCUGACUUCCGUGCUCAACGAACUGCUCGGACGCAUUCAGGACGCCACGACCGAUCAACAAUAA